CUCUGAUCGCUUUCAGGUCUUUCAUCAGCAUUGGAGUAUGCCCGUCAGUGAAAACUUGUAAUGUGCUGAUAUCUUCUCUAGCGAAACUUAGUAAGAUUGAUAAUGCACGCCAAGUGUUUGAUGAUAUGCGAAAAUUUGUGAGCCCGGAUGUAUACUCGUACACGCCGAUCAUUGAUGGGUUGUGUAAGUGUAGGAGGGUUGAGGAGGCGUUUGGGUUGUUUAAGGAGAUGGAGAGGGAAGGAGUGAAGCCUGGUGUGAUCACGUACAAUGCAAUAAUGGAUGGGUUUUGUAAGAAGGGGAUGGUUGAUAAGGCAUUCGAGUUGAAGGUGAAGAUGGGUAGAGAUGGUUUGAAGGGUAGCAUUGUUACUUACGGGAUUUUGAUGAACGGGUUGGUUAAAUUGGAUAGAUUUGGGGAUGUGGGUGUUGUUAUGGAGGAGAUGAAGGGAAAGGGGAUUGUGGCGAAUGAGUUUGUGUAUAAUAGUUUGAUUGAUGGGCAUUGUAGAAUGGGACGGUUCAAGGAGGCUUUGAAGUUGAAGGCUGAGAUGGUGUCGAAAGGGUUGAGGCCAAAUUCAGUUACGUGUAAUGUUAUUGCUAGAGGCUAUUGCAAAGCUGGCGAGAUGAGCCAGGUAGAGAUUUUGUUGCAAGAGAUGUUGAUAGAGAGGAUUGAGGUGAAUGCAGGUUUGUUUAGUUCGGUUAUUGUUUGGCUUGUGAAGGAGGAGAAGAGGUUAGAUUCGGCCGUGAGGCUUUUUAAGGAGAUGUUUGGAGGAGAUGAAGGGAAAGGGGAUUGUGGCGAAUGA